AUGUGGAAUACAGAAAGUUCUAAAUACUUUAUUAAGAAAAUAAUCAAAGAGUAUGGUAAAGAAAUCGCUCAAGAAGGUAGUGUAUCGGCGUUAGGACUAGAAGAUCAUUUAGAUAAAAUGGUAGCAAAGGCAAUGAACGUCGAUAAGAACAUCAUUACUCUAGCAAGACAGUGGCGAGUUGUAUUAGAAAGAGCUGCUUUCACAGAAGGAAUAGACAAAAUUAAAGAAGUUUUAGGAAGAGAGCAAGAAGUAGCAACUACGCAACCGGAAAAAUUAAACAAAACAACACAGGAAAUAGAAAUGGGAACCGAAGAGGCACUAAUUACAGAAGCUGAAAGAGAUAAAGAAAUAGAAUCACAUGGAAAUAUUAGACAGAUUUUUCAACACCAAGAAAAAGUAAAUAGCAAUGAAAGAGUAGCAGAUAGAACCAAAGUAUCAGAAAUUAUGAAAGAUAUCCAAUUAGUAGAAAAUAGUAUAGAAAUACGUCCAUGCAAAAAUGAAAUAGAAGACAGAUUAGAAAUUCAUCCAUGCAAAAAUGAGAUUGAAAACAGGUUAGAGCAACUAGUAGAAAUAGGAAAGUCAAGAAGCGGCGACACAUCUUUAGACUGUAGUGUAUGGGCACCUAAGCCAGAAGCGUGUAAAGACAAAGGAGAAGUUAAGGCAAAAGUGGCAGCAGUCAAGAUCUUAGGAGAUAAUGCAGAACAAAGAGAAAAAUCAAUUAGAUGGUCUCUAAGAGGAAACAAACAUAUCAAAGCAAUCCAAGAAAAGUUCGUAAAUGGCAACCAAUGGUGCAUCAUAUACUUUGACUGCAAAGGAGGUUACGAAGAAGCUAAAGCAAAGUUGGAAAAAAAGAAGGACGAAUUUGACCAACUAAACCUGAUACUAGAAGAGAAGACUGAAAAGGAGAAUCUAAAGGGAAAAAAAGUACCACAAAAUGAAAAGAAAAUGAAAGAAACAAGAGAGACCCAGGCGAGGCAUGAGCUUAAAGAAAUACAAAAGAAAAGGGCAACGCUAUAUAACCAAACUGAAAAAGGUGAGAGCUCAACGAACGACAUAAGCAGAAAAAGAAAAGAGGUACUACCCGAUCGAGUAGAAGAAGAAGAGACAGUACCAAUUAAAGAUAAAGGAAAAAGAAGGAUGUAUGAGUCAGAAACUCUUCUUGAAGAAAAAGAAACCUCUAGUAAAAGUAGCGAUCGAGAUAACGAAUGGAAACCUUAUCCAAGAAUUGAAGAAACUAUUACUGUGUGGGAUAUACCUCAUUACAUAUCAAGGUCACAAGUUUUUUUCGCAAUUAAACACUUAGGACGCAUUAAAAAUAUUGAAAUGAUCAGAGAAAACUCUGGUAAAACAAGAGCUGAGGUAUCUUUCGAAGAAGGAAGCAGCUUUGUACAAGGAAUAGAAACAUGGGUAAUUCCUCUCACAAAUGAUCUCCUAGUACGUAUAACACCAGGAACAAACAGAAAGGAGAUAUUAGAAAACAGAAAACAAUUUAUAGCAAAGCUAUUUAAUAUCCCACAAAAUAUCAAUGAAGUAUUACUGCUGAGACAACUGAAACAUACUGGCGCAAAAGCAGUUCAUGUUUUCAAAAACUCAAAUGGAAACAACAAGGGUUACGCUUUAACCCAUAACGCAAAACCCUGUGAAAUACUCGAUUCCGAAGAAAAAUACAAGCAAGAACAGUAUACUCAGGACUUAAAUACAAGAGGCUUUAAGAGAAGAGAACCAACCUCGAAUAAGUCACCUAGCCUUUACAGAAGUAAAAAGAAAAUUACAAGGGAAAAAGUUAAAUCAGAAGACAAGCGUAUUCAAGCUCUUGAAAGAAAAUUAAGUAGCUUCGAAACUCUAGUCAAUCAAGAAGGAAAACUUGAAAGACAAAUGAGAGCAGAAACAAGUACAAACCAAGAUAAGGAAAAGUACAGAAAAGGCACAGAGAGAGGAGAAGGAAGAGGAAGAUUAUGCGACGAGAACAGAGACAGAAGGGAAAAACAAGAAAGUAUAAAAAUAGGUGCACAUAAUAUUAAUGGAACUAAAGAGGAUAAUACAAAGGUAGAAUUGUUAGCAGAGUAUGGUGAACAAGAAGGCAAAUGGAUAAAUACAAAAGAAUAUGGUUAUUCAAGCUUUUGGACAGAAACAGAAAAAGGAAAGCAUAAGGGAUCAGGAAUUGGGCUACUAGUCGACCAAAAUUGGUUGAGAAAUAUGGGAGUUUGCAAAAGGUUCAGCCCAUAUUUGCUCAAGGCCGAAUUCUUUUUCAGAAAAGUAGUCUUUCAAGUUUGGAUAGUUUACUUACCACCAAAGAACGAAGAGGUAACAAAAAAAGUACACAAGAUACUUAUAGAAGAAAUUACUAAGAACAGGAAAAAUACAAUAUAUACGAUCUUAGGAGAUUUCAAUACGGUAUUAAAUGAAAGACUAGACAUGAGUAGUAAAGGAAAGAGAAAUGCAGAUACUGGCACGAGAAUUACAAAAUGGUUAAAAAAUACUGAUCAUAUAGAAACCUUCCGAUUCUGUAACCCAGAGCUGAUUAAAUACUCUUGGUCAAAUGGUAAUGUAUCAACUAGAAUAGAUCAUAUCUGGACAACACUGGAUAUGAGGAGUCUUAUCCUAGAUAGUAAUAUAGAACAAAUGGAAACAGUAACGGAUAGUGAUCAUGGAAUAGUCUGGUUACAACUAGAUAGUACAGGUAUUUUAGAAAAGAAUAAGCAGAGAAGUAAGAAGGGACAAAAGGAAACAAGAAGACUAUACCAAUACCACAAAGCAACGGAAGAAGAUUGGAAUAAUUACAGCCAAGAACUUAUAGCCAAGGCAAUUCAAGCAGCAGCAAGCAAACAUAUUCCUUCGACAAAGACACAAAACUCGAAAAGUCAAAUCAGAAAAGAAGCUACGAAAUCACUAACAUAUAGUAGAGCCAAAGUCCUAGGAAGAAUUUUCAGAAAAGGAUCUAAGGACUUAGGACAAAGUAUAGACGGACUUGAGAGAGCAAUUCUUAAUGCACGAAUAGAGCACCUCAAUACAGAAUACAAGACUAAUAUCCCACGCUUACCAGAAUCCUGGAACAAAGAAUACUGUAUUGAAAUCAAAGAGUGGUGGAAUGUUCUAAAAGAAAAAGCUCGAAAGGAAAUGCAAGCUGCAAAAGAAAAAGAGAUAAAAGAAAAAAUCGAAGAAAGAUUUGCAUUAAUGCCUAAAAACCAAAAGCAAAUGUUAAACAAAUUGCUUGAGCGCCCUCACAACAAGAUCAUUGUUGAUAGAGUUUUAGUCCAAGGCAAAAAUAAGUUCGAAAGCAAAAAGCUAGUCACAGAGAGCGAUGAUAUCAAAAGAGAAGUAGAAAGGCAUUUCAAAGAACAAUUCAGGAAGCGUAAACAUCAAUUCGAGCAAAUAGAUUUAGAAUAG